AUGGAAAAGAAGGUGUUACGAUUAAAGGAAGAAAUUCUUCUUCAGACACACCAGUAUGAGGCUCAACACUUUGAAAAUGAACCUUUACCUGAAACUACAAUGAGUGUAAACCCGAAUGAUACUCAAUCUGGAGGGUAUGAAGCUGACUUUUCGUCUGACUCGGCUGAUGGUAUUAUUACUAAACUUGCAGAACUUCAUAGUUCCGAAUCAGCUGAAAAAAAUACCAUUCACCUAAACGUCUUGAAAAGUUCCAAUGAAAUGAAGCAAGAGAUAAAUAAAUGUGAUCAGAUAGUCCAAUCAAUAAUAAAAAAUCUUACUUUAGCCCAGGCAUUGGAAUUAAUUGAUAAGUGUCACUUUUAUCUUAAUGAUAUUUACUUUCCAUAUGACGUUGAUCUCAUGAAGGAAAGGCUUCGCAAGGCAUUCAGACCAGUGACACAUUUGCAAACGUUUCUUCAACAAGAAAAAACAUAUUUUAAACCAUUGGUUCUUUUAACAUUUGCCUUAGGUAAGCAAUAUCUUGGUGAUUCUGAAAAUGAUUGUGAUUAUCUUAUGUCAUACUCAUUGUUACUUGUCUCCCCUAUAACAAAAUUAAAAGAAAGACAUGAAAACUAUCUUUUAGUAUCCAUUUUUACAAUGGCUGGGUUUUACUUUAGAUCGAUUGGUAGAGGAGAUGACUCAAUUUUAUAUUCAAAUUUGGCCCUACAAUUUGCCUCACAAAUAAAUUUAUACAAGUUUGAUGCAUCUGAUAAUGUUGUGCAACAGGAAUUGAAGUGUCGCAUUCUUUGGAUCUGCUUUGGUGCAAAUAGAACCCUUUCUGCAAAAAUGGGAAAUCAAUUUAUUUUGGACUCUUCAAAAAUAGAAAGACCACUACCGAUGUUUAUCACGUAUGAUAGCAAAAAUAAGCCAAUAUCGUUGAGUAGUACACAGUUUAUUAGAGAUGCAUUUAGAUUUUAUAUUGAGUUGACCUUUAUUGCGGAAGAUAUCUGCAAUGUGAUCUAUACAAAGAAUUAUCCGAAGGGGUUAACAAAAAAUUUGAGAAGUAUAAUACAUCAUCUUAUUGCAUGGAGCUCCAAACUUCCAGAAGAACUUCGAAUUAAGGAUGCCUUUACAAUUAUUGAUAAAAAGAGAAGAAGAUUGGUGUUUUCAUUAAAUCUUAACUAUUGUUUUUGCAUUCAUCUCUCAAUAAUACCGAUACUUUAUCGUAUGGAUAAACAAGAAAGAGCACAUCAAUUACAAUCGAAUAAUAUUGAAAAGAGGGUAAUUGAUUUAAUAAGUGUUUGCAUUAACUCCGCCGAAAUGACUGUUAGAAUUUUACAAGGUUGUCAAAAAGUUGGUAUCUUGGCCGACUUUGGAGUUAUGGAUCUAGACUACGCUUACGCGGCAGCUCUUACCUUCUUUUUAUGUGGGAAAAUUCUUGGAAUUCAAAGAACAAGAACAAGUAAUUUAUUAAAAAAAAGCCUGCUAUUGUUGAAAAGCAUGGCGAGUAAAGGAAAUAAUGCUGCGAUUCAGAGAUUACAGCAUCUGGAUAAUCUAAUGGCUGCCCGAAAAAUUGCAUUUAAAAAUGCAAAUGUUACCGCAGAGGGAAACUCUGGUGCAGACUUUCAAAAUAUGGCUGAUCCGGAAAGAGAGCUAAUAAUCAAAAGUUCAUUGAAUAAUAACUUGGAAAAGGAACCUGAAUUGGAUAUAGAAGAGAACUUGUUGCAAACAUUUGAAGAUAUAAGCCCUAAAGAUCUUCAUCUAUGGGAAGAUGGCUAUAAGGAUGCGCAAGAAGAAGACCAUUACUGGACUCGAUUUCAAGAAUAUUUAUCCGAUAAAUAG